UUGGGGGAUAACCUGGUGUACAUGAGGACCCAAAAGGCACGAUUUGGGUACACGAGGGACUCAUCAUGCACCGAAUAACGGGAAAAGCAGGAGGGGACAGUUUAAUUGAGAUGAGCCCAACGGACUCCUUCAGCGAUGAAUCAAAUGGCUACCAUCAACACGCCUCAUCCAGCACAGGAUCCCUCCAGCAGGGACAGCCAGCGUCUCCUUUAACGUCUGAUGUGUGUGUAGAGACCUGUGAGUCUCUCAACACCAGCCUGGCUUCCUUGGCCCCCUCUGAUCACAGCGACAGUCCACACUUUGAAGCACAGACAUUUGAGCAAAUCAAUGCUUUGACUGGGCUGUCGAGAAAGCGGGCGCUAUUCCUGAAGUUUCGUUCCAGGAUUGACAAACAACAGCACAGUAAAGACUCUGUGUUCUUCCGUGACGGCGUGCGCAGGAUUGACUUUGUCCUGUCCUACGUCGAUGAUAAAGAUGGCGAGAGAAAACAAGAGAGGAGGAAGGUGUAUGAGGCCAACCUCGAGGACGUCGGCCUGGAGCUGGAGACAGAAGAUAAAUCAGAGUCAGAAGAUGGAAAGACUUACUUUGUGAAGAUCCACGCUCCCUGGGAAGUGUUGGCCACCUACGCAGACGUGCUGAAGAUAAAGGUCCCAUUCAAGGUCAACGACAUCCCUGACAACAGCGAGAUGCCCAUGAACUGGUUGUCCACCCCUUUCCGUCUGCCGGAGCACAUCAUGCACCCUGAGCCAGACUAUUUCACAGCUCCCUUCAACAAGAGCAAGUCUGACUUCUUCCUCAUCGACAACAAAGAGACCUUCUUCCCCCCUUCUACUCGCAACAGGAUAGUCUACUACAUCCUUUCACGUUGUUCGUACCUAAGGGAUAAAUGUGGAGACAAAGACAAGAAGGGAAUCAAGAGGUUACUCAACAACGGCACCUACACUGCUGCUUUCCCCCUGCAUGAUUGUAGAUACUGGAUGAAAUCAAAGGACCCUAACUGCGAAAGUGAGAGGUACAACCUCUACAAACACUGGGCCAAGUUCCUCUGUUUCUACAAGGAGCAGCCCCUCAAUCUCAUAAGGAAGUAUUAUGGGGAAAAGAUAGGUAUUUAUUUUGCGUGGUUGGGUUUCUACACUGAGAUGCUGUUGUUCGCUGCAAUAGUGGGGACAAUUUGUUUCAUCUAUGGAUUCCUCACCUACGACGACAACGAAUGGAGUAAAGAAAUCUGUAGUGAAGAAAUUGGGGGCAACAUCGUCAUGUGCCCGCUGUGUGACAAGAAAUGUGGCUACUGGAAGCUCAACUCGACAUGCAACUCCUCAUGGCAAUCACACCUGUUUGACAAUGUGGGGACGGUGUUUUUUGCCAUAUUUAUGGGGAUUUGGGUGACGCUGUUUCUGGAGUUCUGGAAGAGACGGCAGGCUCGUCUUGAGUACGAGUGGGAUCUGGUCGACUUUGAGGAGGAGCAACAGCAGCUCCAGCUUCGGCCGGAGUAUGAGACCAAGUGCCACAACCGCAAGAUGAAUCGCAUCACUCAGGAAAUGGAGUGGGUACUUGACAGGACUACUACAGAUCUAAUGGGGAAAUUACUUCUGUGCUGGGCCACCGUGGUACUCUGGAUCUCAUUGAUCAUUGCCUGCAUCAUUGGGGUGAUAGCGUACCGCCUGGCGGUAUACGCAGCCUUCGCCAGCAUCAUGAAGGACAGUCCCACCACCCAACUGCAGGUGGUUGGCCCUUUCAUCACACCACAGCUGGCCACCUCUGUCACCGCCUCCUGUAUCAACUUUGUAAUCAUCAUGAUCCUCAACCUCAUGUAUGAGAGAGUGGCUGUUUGGAUCACUGACAUGGAAAUUCCCAAGACCCAUCUGGAGUAUGAGAACAAACUGACAGUCAAGAUGUUCCUCUUCCAGUUUGUCAACUAUUACUCCUCCUGCUUCUACGUGGCUUUCUUUAAGGGCAAGUUUGUCGGUUAUCCUGGAGAUUAUGCUUAUAUGUUUGGCAAGUGGAGCAAACUGAGGAAUGAAGAGUGUGACCCUGGUGGCUGUUUGAUCGAGUUGACCACCCAGCUGGUGAUAGUGAUGACUGGUAAACAGGUGUGGGGAAACAUCCAGGAGGCUCUGGUCCCGUGGCUGAUGAACUGGUGGGGCAGCAGGAAGGCACGAAGCCAUCCAGAGAGUCUGUACAGCCGCUGGGAGCAGGACCACGACCUGCAAGGCUUUGGGCAGCUGGGCCUCUUCUACGAGUAUCUGGAAAUGGUGAUCCAGUUUGGUUUCAUCACGCUGUUCGUCGCCUCCUUCCCCCUGGCGCCCCUGUUGGCGCUUUUCAAUAACGUCAUAGAGGUUAGAGUGGAUUCCUGGAAGCUCACCACUCAGUUCAGACGUCCUGUGGCAGCAAAAGCCCACAGCAUCGGGGCCUGGCAGGAAAUCCUCAAUGGGAUGGCCAUACUCUCUGUUGUCACAAAUGCGUUUAUUGUGGCUUUCACCUCUGAUAUGAUCCCUCGGCUCGUGUACAUGUACGCCUACCAGCCGGACGGCGAGAUGAAUAUGAAAGGCUACAUAAACAACAGCCUGUCGGUGUUUAAUAUCUCUGAGAUCCCUCUGGCCAACAGGCCUGAGGAUGGGGAGAAUCCAUUCUGGUUCAACAGCACCAUCACUACCUGCAGGUAUCGUGAUUACCGCUACCCUCCUGGCCACGAGAAGCAGUACUCCCACACUAUGCAGUUCUGGCACAUUCUGGCUGCCAAGUUGGCCUUCAUCAUCAUCAUGGAGCAUGUCGUGUUCCUGGUCAAGUUCUUCGUGGCCUGGAUGAUUCCUGAUGUUCCCUCUGACGUGAGGGCUCGAAUAAAGAGAGAGCGCUACCUGGUCCAGGAGUACCUCCAUAACUAUGAAGUGGAGAAGCUGAAGAUCCAACUUACCCAACACGACCACAAUGAGUGUACCUGCGCGCCCAUGAUCUAUCCGUCUUUACCCAGACACGAGGUGCUGUCAGAGUGUCUCUAGCCCAGCGAGCUGCUGGUCCAUCAGAUUGAAGGACAUGGUGAUGUAGAUUGCCCUGCUUGUGUAUUAUGAUACUGACCAUCGUUUUGCUGUAGUGCCUGUGUUGUUUGUGCGCACCAUAGCCCCCCCCCCACUAAUGUCCUGAUAAUGGAAGUGCACACAUGUGAAAGACCAAGUCUCCAUGCUUGCUGAAUCUUGAAGCACAUGAAUUUAAACCCCUGUCUCGUAUUCAUGGCUUUUCAUUCUCUUAUGUUGUAAUCAUAGUGCUGAGGAUAAUCAAAACUUGCUUUAAGGAAAAGGAAGAGAAAAUACACUGUGUCUAAGACAGGCAACUUACUCUUAUUUAAAUACGAUGCUAUUUAUUAAAGUGCCACUACAAGCAACCAAAGAUUGAACGCCUUAAUAUAUCACAAAGUUAUUAUUGGCUGUUUUGGCCAGGAGAAUAGCGAUUGGUGUUAUUGUAAACUCAGAGCUUGCUUGUAUGAAGGUUUCCGUCAUAAAGUGUAUGUUCAAUGCUUUUUGUUUUGUUUUUACAGUUACUGUAACAAAUGUGAGCUUUGUUUAUUUGACAGCAUUGAGGUCAGAGCACAGAAUUAACACAAUUUUGCCAAAUCAUUUGCCUCACUCCGCUGGCAGUGGACCAGUUAAUGGGCUGCUCCUGCAUUAUUUUGUUUUAAUCUCAUAAACAGCCCCGCAGUUUCUCCAGGCCAAAAUCUGACACGUGAAGUGUCUUUUUUUUUUUCUUAUGAAGACAAAUCUGUGCUGCUGUUACUACUGUGAGUGAGGGCAGAUUGUGUCCUGCAAUGGCCAGUUUUUUGUUUUUUUGAGCAGCUGGUGCAUAUUGACUGUUGACAGCGAGUCCUGAUCCAGAAGUGAAAAGCUCUGAGAGAGAAAGAGAGAGAGAGCAAAGAGAUCCAUUUGUUAAUGUGCCUCUGUUUACCAACAUGUCAGAGCUAAUGACAGCCUGCUCCUACCUACUGAACUAUGUUUGCUCCAUUACACAAUGCACAUCAGCCAUCGCCUGGUUCUUCUGUUUUCCUCAGCUGCGUCUGUGUAGAGACGGAAAGAUACACUCUUUUUUCUUUAUCUUUUUUUUUUUUUACAUUUUGCACAAAGCACUUAAUGAAACAUGACUACCAAAACAUAAACGUGUCGGUUUAGUUGUUGUCAUGACACUAACGUACUCAUCAUCGGUGUUUUGAAGCAGCCCUGUGUGUUUAUUUUCCUUUUGAAUGGGAUGAAAACUGUAUCGUAUGAAACAAGUUGUUCCCUGUUCUGAAUCUGUUUGGACAAAGAUGUAGCUUUUUGUUUUGAAAUUCCAUGAAGGACGUUUCACGUUUAUUAAGCUGCCUACAUUGAAAUGUGUUUGAAGGAUCUGUUGUUGAAGUAUUUUGAUUUUAGGUAAAAUAGCUGACUGGCUGUGCGACAAAGUCAGGCCACUAAAUCCAUGUUUGUUUGAGAUGCAUGUGGAUGCAAAGUUUGACGGUUCCAGUUUGCCUUUACAUGCCCUGCGCUCAGCUGAAGUCAGGCCUGUUGAUGCCUUAAUAUAUCAGAUCAUUUGUUUUCUAUUGUAUCUACUUGUACAUCUCCUUUAAAACAAGCUUUUUUUAAAACAUGUUUUUGUCAUCUUUUAUUAUGCUUGAUAAUAUUUUAUUUUAUACUGUCACCAUGCUUGUUAAAAUCUGUUUACUGUAUGCUUAAAGUUUCAUGUUUUCAUUGAUUUCUUUCUGUCGUUUUUGUAACUGUCCCAUAUCCAAGUGUAUUGUAAACAAAGACAAAUCUCCAAAAUAAAGUACCGGUUCAACU